AUACACUUCACGUCCCAGGCAGAUGUGGGCGAGGGUAUAUUAACUUUAUUAUCAGUGUGAUGUAUUCUGCUACUUUGUAAUUUAUCUCAGACCGGACAGUUCGUCUUUGAAAUUUUGGCUUUCCGACUUUGUUGCUCUUCAAAACCCAGCAUAUUGGUUUGUUUGUUUCAUAAAAGAGAACUGUGAAACUUUAUUCCUCGUUAGAGGUGAAACAUCGGAAGUCAAGUCUGGAAAAUUGAAACUGCCUGCUAUAACAACUUAACAAGAGAAGCAGCUGCCGUGAAAUAGGAUUUAUCUUUGUCGUAAGAGUGAAAGAUGCCAUACGUUAAUUCUGGUACAGACUUCAACAAUCAUGUCAGCUGGGAUUGGACUCAUGAGAGUGGGCCCGCGGUGUUGCUGGGAAGAACGGGGAUGGACCCGAGUGAAAGACUGGCGGUAGUUCGAGUAGAGACUCAAAACGCUAAACUCAUCAGGAUUGAUUGUGGAGGAGAGAAGUUCAUUACUACAGAGGACUCCUUGUCGAGAUAUCCUAACACUCUGCUAGGAGAUCCUAAGCGGAGAGAUAAGUACUACGAUUCCAAGACAGGAUACCACUACUUUGACAGGAACCAAGACUUGUUCAGUGCUAUUCUCUAUUUCUACCAAUCCCCUGGCACAUUUAGAGCCCCAGAAAGUAUCGACCCCGUGGUAGUUGAGGAGGAAUUAGACUUUUUUGGGAUAAAUCUUCAAAAAAUGAUUGACGAUUACGACGAAAUGGUGGCGGCCAACAACCCAAUUCUCCCCCCUACAAUGAGAGAAAGCAUUAACAAUACGAUAACAGACCCGAGCUACAACAAAAUGAGUAUGGUGUGGGGAUUGCUAGAUCUGGCUUGUAUCAUCCUAACCAUCUCAAUGCUGGUUCUGGAAACUAUUCCUGAUUACGAGAAACAUUUCAAAAAUCCCUUCACUGAACCUUACAAAAUUGCAAUCUACUCGCUUGAUGUAGGAAUUAACCUUUUCUUCACCCUUGAUCUGAUCAUCAAGUUCCUAUCGUCAGCGAACCAAAAGCGCUUUUUCUUCGACACGAUGAACAUAAUGGACAUCCUGGCAGUCACCCCCUUUUACGUAGAGCUGGUUGUCUUCCUUGUAGAGGAUGGGACCCCUCCUCCACAAUUUUUCGCGCUCAAGGUUUGCAGGAUUGUGCGAGUUGUUAGGGUGUUAAAGCUGGUCAGACACAGUAGACAGUUAACUGAAGUCAUGGAGGUGGUGUCAUCAGCUAAGCAAGAAUUCUUCGUGCUAAUAGGGGUAGUGGGAGUGGUGAUUCUUCUUGUAGGAACUAUCAUGUACUUUGUAGAGUACCAAAUACCAGAUGACAGAAAUGAGCACUUUAUAUCUAUCCUCCAUGGUUGUUGGUGGGCUAUCGUUACCAUAACAACUGUCGGAUACGGUGACUUGUAUCCCAGGUCCACGCUGGGACGGUUAACUGGUAGUUUCGUAGUCCUAUUUGGAAUCGUAGUGCUCGCCUUCCCCAUGACUAUCAUUAUCUCCAAGUUCCAAGACUCCUUCACCGUCAAGAAACUGAAUGCUAACAAAGAAAUGACUCGAAAGUUGCGGGAAAUGGCCAUUGCCGGUUACUCCUGUGCCGGCAGUUCCACUUCCAGUCCCGCCUCCACUAGGGUGGUCAAUGGGAAAGCUCACAUUCCUAAACAGAGCAAACCGUCCGAACCGGAAGAUGAAUGUCAGACACGUUUGGUUCCUAAACAUAGCGCUCAAUUUGCAGCCAACAUUAUUUCACCAGUCGCGCUUUUUAAAUGAUUUUAAUUUCCUUUAAAACUCUCUGGUAGUGCAUGUUAUUCCAAAUCUUAUCAUUGCUUAACAUUGCAUAUUAUGCCACUGCAUUUAUGAUGGAAUCAGAAUGAUUAUCAUAUUGAUUUUGAUACAUAUAUGCUAGUUUGAAUAAACACUUUUUGUGUUCAACUGUAAAUUUUAAAAAGUCGAGGGGUAUCGCUGAUUGUUUAAAUUUUUAAUCAUGAUUUAAAUUUUAUCUAACACUUUUGAUUAUGAAAAAUCGCCCUCCACUUAAUUCAG